AAAAAAAUGAGAUUAAACAUGAAGCGUCACUAGCAGGCUAGAAGGAAUAUAUAAGGAAGACUGCAGAAUGUCCAAUUCUAGCCCAGUUGAGUCAGUAGGUCAUCUGACCACUGAGGGACCUCAGUUUGUGACAGGGGUAGGUCAACUUGUCAGUAUGGGAGGUCAAGUUGUCAAUAUAGGAGGACAGUUGCUUACGUUAUCCUCUAGCUUGUCCUCCGCAACCUUCCUCGGCAGCCCUCAUUCUUCUGAAGGGAAUGCAAUCAUGCCUAAGCAAAUAAUGACCUCCAGAAGAGAAUCUAUCCCAGUGUCGAUGAUCUCUAGUACCCGACCUACUCCUAUGCAGAUAAUGUCAAGCACCAAAGUAUCAACCAUAUCUAGUGCCUCAUCUGAUAUAGAAAUAAUGUCCACUGCAGAGGGACCUAAUCCAAUCCAACUUCUCACCAAUCAUGAUUUAUUUUCAAAAUGUCCAGUUUCUUUGCAAAUUAUGAGUGCCACAAGGGGACCAAGUUCAAUCCUAUCCAACCUUGGGAGCUCUUCUUCCAUGCAUUUUGUUUCUAGUGGAGGGGGAUCUAAUCAGUUCCCGAUAGUUUCAAGUCCAGGCCAAGCAACCUCGGUACAAACUAGACUAGAUGAACAUCUGCAGAACACUGUUCAACUUCAUGGAGAAGAAGAUGAAUAUAAUACUGAAGAUGGUCUCGGACAGACCAUAGAGCUGCCACCAGGUAGCAUAGUGACACUGGACACAGGACAGCUUAUUCAGGUCCCUGGUCUUGAAGAUCUCCCCCUGGCAUCCCUACAGGGUCUAGAGGAGAGCACCCAAUCUAUUCUUCUACAGCAAGGUGGAGAUGGUAGAAGAAUCUGUCUGUAUGAGGAGGAGGGAGAUGAAGAAGGUCUACAAGCUCAAGUAGUUCAAGAGUAUAGAGAUGAAGGAGAAGAUGACCAGGUUCAACUGGAUUCUCAGAAAAAUCUUGUCACAAACCUUGAAGAUGAACUCGGUAGAAGAUCAGGUCUACCUAAAGGAGUGGAUCAGACUGUAGAUAAACCUAUAGGAAAGAGUCCGUUUGCUUGUAAGAUAUGUAAAAAUGUAUUUAUAGCUUGGAGUGCAUACAAGAGGCACUGUAAGGUGCACCUGCUAGAACGAAGGUUUAAAUGCUCCCAGUGUACGGAAUCCUUUAACCUGGAGAAGAACUUACUUCUCCAUACUGCAGAACACCAAACAGGAAGUAUUCUAGACUGCCCUGAAUGCGGAAGGAAAUUCACCAGGAUCGCUAGUCUUCGCUCUCACCUUGCAAUCCAUGAAGAGGAUGACAGUCUCCCUUGUCCUAGAUGUGGAGAUGAGUUUGGAACAGAAAUGGCGCUGGAGACACAUGUGCGCCGCAAGCAUGGUUUGGUGGGGUUGUGCGUUGAUGAAAGCGAAAAUGAACCAAAUCUAUUAACCGAAUCGGAAGAAGGUUUUAAGGAGCCUGCCAGGCCGAGUUUCUACUGUAAAAUUUGUGACAAAAAUCUAGGAUCUAGUUUGUUCUACAGGGAACAUCUGCAAUACCAUUCUAAAUUCAAAUCCAGCAUUCAGCUUAGGAAGAAAAUGAAACGGGGAAUUUGUCGAGAAAAGUUUAAACAUACCUGUUCUUUCUGUGGAAAAAAGUUUAGUAAGCCCAGUCAGGUGAAGCGGCAUGAACGUGUGCAUACAGGAGACAAACCGUAUAAAUGUAGUGAAUGUUCUAAGGAAUUCAAUCAGUUAACAAGCCUUGAGAGUCACCAGCUGAAACACUCCGGUCAGAAGCCUUUCAAGUGUACAUUCUGUCCUAUCAGGUUUUCCCAACGCGGCAACAUGCGCACGCACAUUCGGCGGGUUCAUGACAUAGGAGAUGCUAAUCUAGAUUUUAAAUGUUCCUUCUGCCCUUGCUCAUUUAAGAAGGGUGGAUCACUGCACGCUCAUGUCUCCAGGUUCCAUCCAGUACUGGACAACCCGGAGCUCAAGAAACCAGAGAUCCCAGGGAUUAAAUAUGGACCUGGAGAAGGUUCAGGGGUUGGUUCCUCUCUUAAUACGGACGAGUGGAUUCUUGAGUUCGGAGCCGGGGAGGGAUUACUCAGAGAUGUGGAGAGGGAAGGAGGCGGGUUGGAGAAGGGAAAACAAUCUGAACCCCUCUCCAGAACAUUAAAGGGAGAGAAGGAGAAUAAAGGGAAGCAAUCGGACCUGCUCUCUAGAGCACUAGAAUCUGUGAUGAACCCGUCUAUGCCAGGGGAGUCUAAGAUAGAUCCUGAAUUUAUGGUUUUAGCAGAUAAGUGGCAGGAUGGAAAGGUUAGAAAGCACAUGGUUCGAACUAGGAUGGAUGAGAGGGGUGUCCAGCUGUAUUUAUGUAGCUGGUGUGUUAGAGGCUUCCAGAAACCAAGUGAUUUGCUUCGGCAUAUUAGGACUCAUACUAAGGAAAAGCCGUUCAACUGUUCCCACUGCUCUCGUUCCUUUUCCGUUAAAUCAACACUCUCCUCUCAUCUUAGGAUUCAUCAAAAUCAAAAGCUAAACUGUGAUACCUGUAGCAAAGUAUUUUUUACAAUCACUGCCUUGAAGCAGCAUAGGCAGAAGGAGCACUUCUUGGAGGAGGAGGAGGAGGUGGAGGAGGAUGACAGGGACUUCAAUGCUGGGGAGGUUGUGGUAGAGGACGUGAGGACAUUAGAACCCUUGCUAGUCACCAGGAAUGGGAUAGUACAGGAUCAAGCCAGGUUUGAAAAUGUGUACAACCCUUCCGCACUGGAGGUAGAUUUGCGGCAAUACAAGUGUUCAUACUGUACCGCGGCAUUUAAAAGAUCCUCACACUUAAAGCAACACACUAUGUCACACACUGGAGAGAAACCGUUCCAAUGCCAUAAAUGUAAGAAAAACUUUACUACCAGAGGGACUCUUAAUCUUCAUAUCAAGACACAUGGAAGGGUUAAACUGUAUGAGUGUGGAGUUUGUGGCAGCAGUUUUACCACACCAGGCAGUGUCAGGAGACACAUGUCGUCACAUCAGGUUACUAAAGACAAUUUUUCAUUUUUCACAAUUUUAUGGGUUGCACUUAAUGGGAAUACUAGCUUGGGAAACCAGCUUUACCUGGAAUAA